GGGGCGGGGCCUGGCCUAGCUGCGGGCGCAGCCUCGGCCUGUGGUUCCUGACGGAGAGACUCGCCUUUGGUGAUGGGGCAAACGCGCGGGGCCGCUGUCCGAUGGACGAGUGUCUCUGGUUGGCCCAGCUUUUGUUGUCACCCCUAAUUGCCAAGAGGACAGUUAAGAAUCAACCGCAUUGCUGUGGAUCUGGAGUUACAUGUAGAGCAGGUGAUACGGAUGUGGAACUGAAAGGUGCUGUCUGAGGAGCUUUGGUGAAUCUCUGCUAUAAAUCUUGCAGCUGGUACACAGUUGCCAAUGAGCAUUGGUGGUGGAAGUGGUGCCAAUCAAGUUGGCUGCUUUGUCCCGGAUAACGUUGAGCAUUGUUUGAGCUGUACUAAUCCAGGCACCUGGAGAAUACUCCAUCACACUCUUGACAUGUGCCUUGUAGCUGGUGGACAGGCUUUGGGAAUCAGCAGACUCUGAUUCCUGAGCGAGUGUUUCAAUGAAUUGUGAUUCAGACGGAGCAGCGAUGAAUGCACCUUCUCUUCACCCCCAGAUGAUGGGCUCUGGGGUUAGCCCCACCAUCAGUUCCCCUGGACAGCUACAUUCACCAAUAAGCACUUUGAACUCUCCAGUGAAUGGACUGAGCUCUCCCUUCUCAGUUAUCAGCUCACCACUGGGACCUCACACAAUAUCCAUCCCUUCAUCUCACAGUAUGGGCUACGGAGGGCAGAGUCCGCAGAUAAACUCGUCCAUGAAUUCGGUCAGCAGUACGGAGGAUGUGAAACCACCUUUGGGAAUUAAUGGUGUGCUUAAGAUAUCACCUCAUUCCUCAAACUGUCCACUUUCUCUCACCAAACACAUCUGCGCCAUCUGUGGGGACAGGUCUUCAGGCAAACAUUAUGGUGUUUACAGCUGUGAAGGUUGUAAAGGAUUCUUCAAACGCACGGUGCGCAAAGACCUUACCUACACUUGCCGUGACAACAAGGACUGUAUCAUUGACAAGCGCCAGCGUAACCGGUGCCAGUACUGCCGCUACCAGAAGUGUCUUGCCAUGGGGAUGAAGCGGGAAGGUAUGGGCGCAGACUUCAGAGCGGUCCAGGAAGAGAGACAGCGAGGUAAGGACAGGAACGAGAAUGAGGUGGAGUCAACAAGCAGUGCCAAUGAGGACAUGCCAGUGGAGAAGAUAGUGGAGGCUGAGCUGGCCGUCGAACCCAAGACUGAGACUUACAUAGACUCCAGCCUCGGCAUGGCCAGCAGCUCACCAAAUGACCCAGUCACCAACAUCUGCCAAGCAGCUGACAAGCAACUCUUCACCCUUGUCGAGUGGGCUAAGAGGAUCCCACAUUUCUCCGAGCUCCCUCUGGAUGACCAGGUUAUCCUUUUGCGGGCAGGUUGGAAUGAACUGCUGAUUGCUUCGUUCUCUCACCGUUCCAUCACUGUAAAAGAUGGCAUUCUGUUGGCAACCGGUCUCCAUGUGCACAGGAACAGUGCACACAGCGCUGGGGUGGGAGCCAUCUUUGACAGAGUUCUGACGGAACUUGUGUCUAAAAUGCGCGAUAUGCAGAUGGACAAGACGGAGCUGGGCUGUUUGCGAGCAAUUGUUCUCUUUAAUCCAGAUGCGAAAGGCCUGUCCAAUCCCGGGGAGGUGGAGGCUCUCCGUGAGAAAGUGUACGCCUCUCUGGAAGGAUACUGCAAACAGAAAUAUCCAGAACAACCUGGCAGGUUUGCUAAACUCCUCCUCCGCCUGCCAGCCCUUCGCUCUAUUGGACUGAAGUGUCUCGAACAUCUGUUCUUCUUCAAGCUGAUUGGGGACACCCCAAUUGACACUUUCCUCAUGGAGAUGCUGGAAGCUCCUCAUCAAAUCACCUAACUCUGCAGUAGCUGUGGAAAAGAUCGCUCCCCAGCACAGACUGCCAUCCAUUUCUUGGAGCUGAUCUGAAGAUCAUCGGCCUCCUCUCUACAUUUACAGCAUCUCCCCAAAGCCCAAUAAUUAUUAACUUUGUUGUGAUCAGAUGACAACGGAAUACCUUUCUGUCCUGUUUAUAUCUACUCUGUCACUGGGUUCUGCGAUGUAUCACACCUUAAGAUAGGUUGAGGUGUCUUUGCAUAAGUGUGUGUGAGAAUCACUCACCUUGAGAGUGCUCAAGGCUGCUUCACUCUCGCUCCCAUCUCCUCCACUUGGUUUGUAUGUGUGUGGUUAAUGGUGACGGGUUUGUCCUGUCCAUCUGAAUUUGUCAACGCUGGAGGUUUGGACUCUGCAAGACAGAAACUUUCAGCCAGUCUCUCUUCCUGAUCUAAAACUUCCUCUGGCAGGUACUGUGUGUGAAAGCAGAGGGGACUUGGCUUCCUGUUGUAUUGUCCCACUUGCUGAUUGUGUUGCAGCUGACUGAACUCCCUCAAGGUGGGCACUGAUGCAACUCCUCAGAGAACCAGAGACUUGUCUUUCACGUUCAUGACAGUAACUCUGACACCUGGUCUACCAAAUUGAUUUUUAAUGCAGUACGUCCAGUAUUUGUUCAUCGUUCUUUUAUAUGUUUCCUAGCAAUAAGAGGUUUGAUUUUAUUGGAACCUCGGCAGGAGUGGCAGCUAAUUGCACUUCUUUAUAUCACUCGACUUUGUAUUGGUCAUGCCAGCACUGCCGCAGUUGGAGAGAUGCUGACUCCUGCCUGGUCACAUUCCCCCUUCCCUCCCCUCCUGCUGUUUGUGUGUCUUGCUGUCCCUUCCUCUCAGCUCAGGAUUGGGUGUGUACAAAGCUCAACUCCUGAAGAUAGUUUGCUGCUGAUGAAUGCUUUCAUUAAUACCCGGUGAUCAGUAAAUUCGGGUCAUGAUGCUGAGAUGCCAGAAGGCAGGUUUUGGUCUGGAAGUUUAUGCCUGGCCUGAUUGGUGCUGAUCCCCUCAAACACACUAACAAAUUAAGCCCUCCCACCCUGUACACUAACAGUCUCCCUGAGCUCCCAUACCCUACCCCGCCAUGCUCCAGUUUCUGAAACUUCUGGAAUACAGCUCGCACUGAUUCGGAGGAGAGCUCUGAGAUUCCCGUACUUUCCCAGCAGCCCUGCACAUGAGGAAAUGUGGGUAAAGGCGGCACUGGUUUAACCUGCACCUUGGGGUAACUUGUCUUAUUUACAACUUUAAGAUGAUGUUGUGGUUAACAGCACCACUGUACAGUCAGUGUGAGGUAUAUGCUCAGUUUUGUGUUACUCAGGUAACCAGACAACCCUUCCUCUUGUAAGCAGCUGUAGAAACUGCCUGAGGUGUGUCUUUCCUCCUUUGUUGUUACCUUCUGUGAUUCCCUCUCUCCCCUUCAGCUGAUAGCUGUCCUUACGUUUCAUCUCAGAACACACGUCUUUGAUGUGCACCAACACAUGACCAAAGGUCAAUGUGGUAUCAUGAUGUGUGCAAUCUUUCAGCGCUAUCACACCUCCUUCAACUGGAUGCCCUUUACAAAGCUGCUCCUGUCUCCCUGUAUUUUCCAAUCCCCAGCCAUUGGUUUCACAGUCUGAGGAUUUCAACAUUACACAGGAAGCACACCCUCUUACAGAUUUACUCUGUGUGACCCUGAUGUCGGUUCUUUGAAGACUUGGAUCAUUUGAGUUUAAACCUCACUAUCUGUCAGGGUGUACCCGCCCCUCCUCCCUCUGUACCCUGCCCCCUCCCCUCCCCUCUCUGUGUACCCCUCCCCUCUUCCCCCUCCCUCUGUACCCGGCCCCCUCACCCCUCCCCCCUCCGUACCCGUCCCCUCUCCUCGCCCACGUUUGUACUGAGCUGUUAUCUUCCCGUUCUUAUCCCGGUAGACCCCUGCCCUGCUCAUUCUGUUGUUUUUCUUCGAGCCCUAAUUUUUAAUCUGAAAUUUGAAUAUUUUAUGUACAGCAAUUUUGUACAAAAAAGGAAAAUUAGAAAUUACAUUUGCUAACAGUUGGUAAGCACAGAAAAUUAUUCUUUGAGUGGUCAUGAUUUGGCGAUGCUGGUGUUGGACUGGGGUGUACCACGUUAAAAAUCACACAGCACCAGGUUCUAGUCCAGGUUUAAUUGGAAGCACUAGCUUUCAGAGUGAGAUAUCACCUAAUAUCACUUGAUGAAAGAGCAUCCCUCUGAAAGCUAGUGCUUCCAGUUAAACCUGUUGGACUAUAAGCUGGUGUUGUGUGAUUUUUAACUUUGGUAACAUUCUUACCCAAGCACUCAACACAUGGUGACACAGUAAGAGGAUAGUGUGGAGUCAGUGUGACUAAGUACUGACGCAACGCAGGCAUCCUUUACAUUCUGUCCUCCCCCCUCACCUGUGCACCCUGACCCCCCUCCCGCCCUGCCCUCGGUCUCCUGCCCUGCCCUCGGUCAGCCCUUCCUCCUGCUGUUUUGUCCCAGUGAAUGGAGCCAUCCAACAGGCCACUGCUGAUCUGUGUGCUGAAUGUGUUUUGUGAAAUGAUGGUGAUUGGUCUGUGUUGACACUACAAAAACUCUUCCAGAAAAUCCAAAAAAAGAAAAAUGUCUACAGAAAUCUAUUUUUGUAUAAAUGAAACUUUAUCUGUUUUGUUAGAUUGAGCAUUGCUGAUAAUUGUAAACAUUCUCUCUCUACGUUAAAGCAUCUCACCGUCUGCAGGACGAAAGCUUAUGUUUCUGGGACCAUUUUGGGUCUUUGGGAACUGAAUUAUCCACAGUGUAAUUUGACAGGUUAGCUUAUAUUAAUUUUUGAUCAGUAACAGCUGAAUGCUUGUUGUGUUCUGAAUAUUGUCUGAAUGCCAGUUGUGAGGAUCUCGUCAUCUAAUGGAAUUCUCUAUAGUUGUUGUCUGAUAUUCUGUUCAUCCUCCAAAGAGUUUCUGCUUUCAGUAACUGCCCUUUGGUUGCUGAGGGCAGACUGUCUUUGGGCAUUUCUAGAUCCUCGGAGGUGUAAGUGUCAAAGGGUCAGGUUCUGCCCUGACUUGCUCCACGUUAGCUGGAUCCAGUAGGGUGUCUCUCGGACCAUCACGAGGAUCAAAGCACUCUGCAUUUGGAACCCUUUCAGUUUGAAUUUGUUACUCAUUGCUGCGAGUAAUAAAAUAUAUUGUGUACCCAC